UGCCUCUUCUAAGACCACACGCCAAAUCUACAAGGGUCUAACUCAGCCCAGAAGGUGGAGAGGAUUAAAAGGAGAGUUGGCGUGACCAUCUUUGGGCGGGAGAGGAGUUAGCCAAGUGCUCAUGGGAUUGGUGGAGUCCCUCCAUGCAUGCCUGAGGAGGUGUUGCUGGGGCCUCAGAGAGUUUGGAAGGACCAAGGGGAUGAGGUUUGGUUCUGUAUAGUUGGAACCAGGCAACACGAUGGCAUGGAGGCCUGUAAGGACCCUGCUUUAAGUGAGGAGAUAAUUGUCUGCCCCUGACACGCUCAGUCCUCCCCUGGGAGGGUCCUGCGUCCUGCUUUGGGAGUGUCUGUCCUCCUUUGUAACAGUGACCCUCCCCCAGCCCUGGGGGCUCUUGCCCGCCGAUGUGUCUGUUUCAGGCAGGGUGUCCUAAGGUUGGGUGGUUGGGGGGCUGUGCUGAGACACCCGCACUCUGGGUCCUCAUGGGUCAGGGCUGUGCCCCCAGCGGUGUGACUGCCCUCAAGGCCCUGUUACCUGUCCCACCUUCCUCGCCUGCAAACUGGGCCCCAUGGGCCACCCAGCCUGUUGGUGGUGGCUAGAGGAGAGCACUAGAGGCUAGAGGUAGGGCAGGGGAGGCUGGCAGGGUGCAGUGUGGGGUGGGCGUCCCUGGGGUCUCACCCCCCCACCCCGGAACGGGAGGAGGAGCAGGUGCAAAAAUCUGGAGAGAGGGGGGAGUGGGCGCUUUCCCGAGUCUCCCACUCCCACCCCUGGGUGGAGGGAGGCAGGGCUGGGAGCACAUUCACCGAUUCACCCCUGCGUCCUCUUGUGACACACAGCACCUGUCGGGGGCAGGGGUCUGACCUCUGUUUCCUGGAUAAGGAAACAGAGGCCAGUUACCUCUUGAGCAUGUGUUUAUCGAGCAGGUCUAUGCGCCAGGCACUGCCGGGCACUGGAGACACAGCGAUGACCAAAGAAGGAUUCCUCGGGCGCCUGCGUUCUAGCAGGCGGACUCGAGUUGCCCUGGUGAGCCGCACAGAGCGGGAAGGCACUUGCCUGGUGUCCCAUAGCCCAGGCAGGAUGAAAUCCCAGCUCCUGACUCCUAAGCCCAGGGCUCCACCUCUCACUUCCAGGUGGUGGGGAGAAAGGAAAGUCGUCACAGGGGCUGCUGGACGCCCGGCCUCAGCUAGGCUUAUUCCUGCCCUGACCCCACAGGUGUAGGGGGAUCGAUACAGAAACUUCCCUUUUGGUCCUUGGCAGGGGUGCUUCGGUGGGGUGCCUGGCAGGCACCCAUUCUGGCUGCUCUGGGGUGAGUGACAGCUCUCCCGUUUCUGGUCUAGGAGCUUGUGGCGGGGGGACUUUCUAUCCCCCAAACCAGCAGCAGAGGUGGGUUUCGCUCCUGAGCCACUUCCCUGUGAUCCAACUGAUGGUUGGCUCAUCCUUGAGACGGUGGCAAGGUCACUGGGAGCCUUGGUGUCACACACUGUCCAUGGGAAGAAGAGUGACAGCUUUCUCUGUGUCUUCAUCAGCAAAGCAGCCUUUCUCCACAGCCCCUCAGUUGAUCCUCCCUCCCUCAGCGGCCAGUCCCGAGGCCUGCUGCCGGCCAGGGAUUCUGGAGAAUGCCCUUGUGGUGAAGGAGGACGUGCUGGCCUGUGGGGUCUCAGCCAGCAGGGAAGGGGCCAGGAGAGGCUUGGGGGAGGCUAGGAUGGCCACAAGUGAGGUACCACCCUGCCAAGUUCCCCACGAGGCCAUGAGGGGUUCAGCCAACCUACCCGUGUAAAAUUCCCUGCAGCACAGCGUCCCCAGCUGGAAUUGUUCGUUUAUGUAUACAAACCCCCAUGGGUCCUGAACCUAUGAGGUAGGUAUGCUCUUUAUACUCAUGUGACAGGUGAUGUGUCCAGAGCACAGAGUGGUUGUGAGCUUACCCAGUGUCACACAGCUGGUAAGGGGAGUGCGUUUUAAAUCAGGCAGUUGGCUCCGGAGGCCAUGCUGUCAGCCGCUACACACACUACAGGGAUGUUGGGGCUCACCCUGCCACAUAGGAAUGGCGUGAUAGGUCCUUUUGCUUUUCUGAGGCCCAGUUUCACCUGUAAGGUGGGGAUGGUAACACCUGUAUUGAGGCGCAAUUAGGAGAGUCGGAGAAGCUGGGGGUGGAAGGGGCUUGGUAGGGCACCAGGCAGAGGUCACCGUACGUCUGGGACUCUGUGCUUGUGUGUCCCUCCUUCAGGGAUGUGCUGGUGACUUCAUCUUUCUUUCAGAGGCUUUUACUAAGUUCCUGACCAAGCUUGGGUCCUGUACUGGGUGCUGAGAUGCACCUAUGAAUGGGACAGUCAUUGUCUUGCCCGUGGGGAACUGGGCAAGCUUGGGACACCACCCCUUCGGGGCUGCAGGGGUCUCACCCUGGAGGCAGCAGGGUGGAAGGCACUGCUGCUGUGGCUUCCAGUCUGGGGAAGGAAAUAGAAUUACAGUCUUGGGUGGUGGGUGCCUGGGGGGCCAUGUGAGCACAGAAGAGAGUUCUGGAACCCAGACUGGAGGAGCAGGGAAGGUGCCCUGGAGCACAUAACAUUUCAGCUGAGAUCUGAAAGGAGUACGUUACCAGGCAAGGGCUUGGUAUGUAUUGGUAUGCAGUAGGAGCCAAAUAAAUUUUUCUUGGGCAAAUGAGAAAUGUGUCCUGCAGAGGGCGCCCCAUGGCAAAGGCCUGGAAGCCUCUGGUCUGUGGCCUCCAGCCUGAGCGCUGGGGGCUCUGGGAGACGCUGGCCCUGUCUCGCUCCCUCCAGGUGCUGGGGCUGCUGGUGUGGGCCCUGAUUGCCGACACCUCGUACCACCUGUACCCGGCCUAUGGCUGGGUGAUGUUUGUCGCUGUCUUCCUCUGGCUGGUGACAAUCGUCUUCUUCAUCCUCUACCUGUUUCAGCUGCACAUGAAGCUAUACAUGGUGCCUUGGCCGCUGGUGUUAAUGAUAUUUAAUGUGGGCGCCACCGUUCUCUACAUCACGGCCUUCAUCGCCUGCUCUGCUUCGGUUGAACUGACGUCCCUGAAGGGCACCCGGCAGUACAACCAGCGUGCAGCUGCCUCUUUCUUUUCGUGUUUAGUGAUGAUUGCCUAUGGAGUGAGCGCUUUCUUCAGCUUCCAGGCCUGGCGAGGAGUAGGCAGCAAUGCAGCCACCAGUCAGAUGGCUGGCGGCUAUGCCUAAACCAUUGGUGCCAUGGGCCACCCUGGGCCUGAAGGCUGUAGCCUGGUCCCUGUGCAGGUGGCCCCGCAAGCCCGAAGCCUGAGCCCUGCAUGGAGUCAGCCCGGAAGGGACUACACUUGCUCUUCUCUGCUCAUCAGACUCCUUGGGCUCACCCCACACUCCCAAGGAAUCAGGAUCCUUCCUCUGGCAGGCACAUGGGCUGGAAGAGAGGCCAACAGCCAAGACCUCUCCAUCCUCCAUAUUCAGCAGAAGGUGAUGGGGGAUACAGGACUCUCUCUGCUUUGUCUUUAGGACUUCGGUGUCCAAGGCUGGGAGCCAGCCUUCUCAUUGGCACUAAAUACACUAACAAUGACUCCAGACUUGCAGCCCACCAUAGAAUAUGCCUAACAAGCAGCAAUUAUUUAUCUCUGUUUUUGUUCUGGGAAGCUGAGCAAAUUCAUGAAACCGUUCUGAUUCCUUAAAACAUAAUCCUGGCCUGACCCUCCGCCAAGCUAGCACGUCACUUGUAGGGAAACAUGUCGAAAGAGGGUUAUGAUGCUGACAGCAUGGUCUUCCUUUCCUACAUUUCAGACAUACCAGUUAUUUUAAACAAAUCAGUUUUAAGUGACUUCUCAAUGAUGAAAAGCUUAUCCAGGUUUCCCUCCCUUUCCCAAGCCUUGUUUGUAGUUUUCCCUUUGGGAAAAGCUAACAUCAAUGCCGACUGCCUCCUUGACACUGUUAAUCAGGCACCUGGGACAUGAGGGAGGGAGGGAGGUAAAGCAAGGCCUUGCUAGUGAGUUGUCCUGUGCUUGGUGGCGACUUUGUUGUUUUUGUUUUUUUACAAAAAUAAAGAUGAAAGAACUUA